AUGGUAAAGACAUGGAGUGUCCUCUCCAUUCUCGUCGCCCUCGUGGCGGCUCUUUUCAUGCUUGUCCCUUCACUGCGGUCCUCUCUUCCAUUUCUAGGCCCGGACGAGGUGUCUGAGGAGCAGCUACGUAUCGAGGCACUGGCCGUGGCGCAGAAUUAUUCUUAUACAACUGUUCUUGAUGACCCUCCCGUGAUCUACCUGGACGACUUUCUUUCAGAAGCAGAGAUCGCCGAGAUCUUGAACACCAGUUCGCCUCUUUUCGUCCCUUCACAAGUCUACAGCCCAGACGACAAAGCUCCGAAGCACCGCACCUCAUCCUCCUGUCUCCUUCCUGACGACAGUCCUCUUGCGUCUGUCAUCGCCACCCGAGCUCUCCAAUUCCUCUCGAAUGUGACCAAGACUGCCCCUCCGACCGCACCUCGCAUGCCCGAGCCUCUUUCUUACUAUGGACUCGAGAAGAUCCAACUGGUGAAAUACCUGCCUAGCCAGUACUAUCACCACCACAUGGACUGGUUCGACACGUUACUCCGGGAUGACCUUCCGGGAAAGGGAAAAGCAGGGAGAGGCCAAGGUCGAUACUACAACCGAGUCGCAAGCUUCUUUAUCUACCUAGAAGACGAAUGCACAGGCGGAGGAACGGAGUUUCCAGACCUAGACUUUUCGAUCGAGUCCGCGGCCCAGCAAGGCAGACUGAAGCCGGAAGAGUUUUGGAACGAGAGGAUUGAUUUUGCUCACGUUGGAGACAACAAGAGCGUUUCUGGCAUAUCAUUCAAGCCGAGGAAAGGAUCGGGAGUAUUCUGGGUCAACUUGUUACCUAUCGGCUAUGGCGAUGAGCGACUCAGACAUGCUGGUCUUCCGGUUCAAGACGGCCAGAAAGUUGGUAUGAACAUUUGGGUAAAGAGAGAUUUCGGAUGGUAG